CGUAUAAUGUCCAUUGGGGUAUUUUCGGAAUGGCAAAAGCUACCAGUAAGUCUGGGCGAAUUGUGCAUUAACACCACCUUGCGUUGUGGCCAAUCAUUCCGAUGGCACAACGUUCCCGGCACCGAUGAAUGGAGAUGUGUGUUACAUGGUCGCAUAGUAUCCUUGAAGCAGGACUCAAGCUAUCUUUACUAUAGAUCUUAUCGCCCAUCUAAUCUCCCUCUCCUAACACCUCUGGCCUCGCAUGCCCCUCCGCGAGCAGGCAGCAAGUCUCAGGAGCAGUCGCCAGACAACGGUGAUGCCAACGAUACCAAUGACGAUACACUUUCUCUAAUAAAGCACUAUUUCAACUUGUCUUCAAACCUCACCGAUCUUUAUUCUCAAUGGUCUUCCCAGGACCCAAACUUCAGGAAGAAAGCGCCCCAGUUUACUGGCAUCCGAAUCCUACGCCAAGAUGCCUGGGAAGCGCUUGUAUCUUUUAUCUGCAGCAGUAACAAUAACAUUUCACGCAUCUCACAGAUGGUGGAGAAGCUAUGCGUCAAUUAUGGGCCUUUCAUCGGGACUAUGGAUGGCCGUGUCUAUCACGAUUUCCCGUCCCCCGAGUCCUUAACUAGCGAGGGCGUCGAGAUGAGCCUGCGGAAUCUAGGAUUUGGAUAUCGUGCUAAAUAUAUUUACCAAACUGCCCUGAUUGUGGCCAGAGAACGAGAGGAAGGCUGGCUUGAUAGCUUGCGAAAUCCCGAGUGUCCGGUUUUCGGUACCAAUCCGGUACCGGGAGGUAAAAUAAAAAUUGAGGGAAGAGAGGGCUACCGCGAAGCUCAUGAGAAGCUGCUUGAGCUACAGGGGGUCGGCCCCAAAGUUGCAGACUGUGUUUGUUUGAUGGGUUUGGGCUGGGGGGAGGCGGUUCCCGUUGACACGCAUGUAUGGCAGAUCGCCCAAAGAGACUACAAAUUCGGCAAAGGAACCCAUAAGUCCCUAACCAAAGCUACCUACAACGCUGUCGGCAACCAUUUUCGCAAACUAUGGGGCAAAGAAGCCGGCUGGGCUCACAGCGUGCUUUUCACGGCGGAUCUGAGAGCUUUUUCGGACAGACUCGUUACUGGUACUUCCAAAAAGAAAACCAAAGUCGAGGAGGUCGACAUGGUUGUCAAGGAAGAAGAGAAGGAGGUCCAUAUUCAUACAGAGGCAGUGAAUACUGCUGUUACCGUGAACGAACAGUUAAAUGAGGAUGAGAGAGACGCCUAUGAGAAUGGAGAGAGGGAAAAGAAGGGGAAGAGGAAGGGCGAUGUCACCAUUCGAUCCCCGCAGACCAUCACGACGAGAAGGACAUCCAAAAGGCUCCGGAAAAUGUGAAUGCCGCAUUGCUACUUGAUAUAUUGCUUUAAUGUCCUUACACAGCUUUUGGUUGUCUUUGCGUAUAGAUAACAAGAGUCCCGACCUGCUUACAUUAUAUAUGUGCUUGCUAAUAACAAUCUUU